AUGGAUAUCACAAAGUUCGUGGUAUCCCACCGGGAGAACGCCCUCCUUUAUGGCGACUAUGCGACAUACCGCGCCCAACUCUCUAGGAAGCUUCUCAACUCCCGCAAGAAGCUCAACAUUGCGACCAAGAGCCGAGGCAAAUUCCACCCCAAGGCCCAGAUCACCGCUGAGCAGAUCUCGGACAACCAUGAAUACCUUCAUCUCGCGCUUCUCACCGCCGAGCGUACAUGGGCUCAUGCCAUGUCCAUGAAGGCUUCCCACGCUGCUGAUACCAAGGGCAUGACCAGUAAGGCCAGGUCACACAUCGUUUCCAGACUCGAAAAGGGUGCCCGCACCGCCGAGAAGCUCGCAGAUGCGCUUUCCCAGGACGCAGUCAGCGGCGCCAACCCCAACGACAUCCUCGAAGCCCGCGCCUACGCCGCCUUGCUCAGGGGCGCCGCCAACUUUGAGAAGCAGAGCUGGGAGGACUGUAUCGUCAGCUACGCCGUUGCCCGCAUGAUCUAUAGUGCUCUCUCGACUUCCACCAAGGGCGACAUCUACAAAGACCUCCUUACCGAUACCAUCGACCCCUCGAUCCGAUACGCUGCGUACCAGGCCAAGAUUCCUCGCACCCAACCGAUUCCCUCGAUUGCCAAAAAGGCGUUCGCUAAAGCCGACGAUGACUUGGUGGACCGUGUCAAGGCUGUCAACCCCAGUGUUUUGGAGCAGGGCGAUGUGGCCAUGACGGGAGUCACUGGCGCUGAGGGAGCACCCACUACCAUCACAUGGCGCUCGAGGGAGGUAAAGAUCGAGGACGCGUCUAUUGCCGGUGCCUGGGCUUCGGUACAAACAGCAAAGGCCAAGCUGAACGAGAGGCUAUCCUCUGCCAGCUCGCUGGCGCCCAAGGACAAGGCCGCCGCCUACGAUGACAUCUUGGCCGCGACCCAGGAUGCUGUCGAUGCGACAAAGCAGGCCAUUGACGAGCUCCGUGGAGAGGGUGUCACACAGAGCGACCCUCGCAUGCAGAGCCUGCAGAUCACAAGGACGGCUGUCAACUUUGAGAUGAUCAGCUGGCGCAUUGGCCGCAACAGGGUGCUCGCUGGCGAGCUUGACGGUGCGCGCGCCACUUUUGAGGACCUGUCCAAGAGGAAAAAGAAGGCACAGGAAGCUGAACAGGCGUCAGAGAGGCCCAAGGAGGAGGCUCCCGGUCGUCAGAUUGCCAAGCUAAAAGAGAAGGUGGUCCUGUAUGAUGGCACGCUUCAGAGUUUGGAGACCAUCACAGAGUUGCCUGGUGUUGCGAACGACCAGGAGCUCUUCACUCGUCUGCAAGCCACUUCGCAAUACUUUACUGCUCUCAAGUCCCUAGCAAUCGCCCGCUCCCACUCCCUAGCCCACAACGACGCCAACGCUCUCGCCCUCAUCCGCCACGCCCUCACCCAAACCGAGUCCGCCCUGCCCAUCCUUUCUUCCACCUCCUCGGAAGAACCCUCGCCAGCCCGCAACAUCCUCGUCUCUGCCGCCGACAUCCAAACCCUGCACUCCCUCCUCAACGGCGAGCUCCAGCGUGCCCGCGCCCUGGUGGAGAUUAGCGAGCACAACAAGAACAAGAAGCCUCAGCCUGGUAGCAGCAACGGCAAACCCCUAAUCGGCCAACUAGCCAAUUACCCCUCCAGCGGCCAGGUCAACCUGGAGAACAUUGUUGUGUAUCCGCCUAAGCUGGAGGCGAUCCCUGUUAAGCCUAUUUUCUUGGAUGUGGCGUGGAAUUAUAUUGAUUAUCCUGAGAAGGUUGUUGGAGAGAAGAAGCAGGAGGCAAAGGUUGAGCAGAAGCUGCAGCAGAGUGCUGAGGAGGCUCAGGAGGAGGAGGAGGAGAAGCCGAAGAAGAGGGGAUGGUUUGGGUUUGGUCGGUAG